UUCUCAGCGGAUAUCGCCAGAAGAAGAAACAAGAUGGCGGUGUGGCUCGUCAGCCACUGUCACACACAUUCUAAAAGGGAGAAGUACGUCAGAGCUAUGCAGGUGGGUUUCACUUCGUGUCUUCCACGAGCAAUAUGUCAUUCCUGUAUUCAAAGUUCAUUGCCCUAGAGCAAGGUCAUUUCUAUAUUACAAGGUCAUAACUUAGCUACGUCUUCAAUACCAGAAUAAUAAAUCAAUUACAUCAUAAAUGGAUAUCAUUUAUGAGUGUUUAUUUAAAUGAAUAAACCAACAACUUGUAAGAUGAUUGUGUCUAACAACUUAUUUUAUGUCUCGUCAUUUUCUUCCUGUUAUCAAUUUGUGUCUGUCCUUUUUCUGAUCAACAGAAACACAUUUCAGUUGACAUCUAUGGUCGCUGUGGUAUGACGCCCAAGUGCUCCCUUGGCAACGGGACCGGAUGCAGUACGGCGGCCAUCCUGAGCGAGUACAAGUUCUACAUCGCCUUCGAGAACAGCUUCUGCGCCGACUACGUCUCGGAGAAGUUCUUCAAGACCUACACAGGUGACAACCACGUGAUCCCCGUCGUGAGGGGCGGGGCUAGGUACGACGAGCUCCUCCCCAACGACACCUUCGUCAACGCCGAUAGGUUUACUAGCCCUAAAGAGCUCGCCCUGUAUCUGAAGACCCUGGCAGCAGACCCGGUCUCCCACGGUCGGGUGUUGGAGAGGAAAGAUCAGUACCGAGUCAUGCCGAGCGCAAAUGUCUUUCGGGAUGUUUGCGAGGCUGUGGCCUCAGUGAACUUUGAACCCAAAACGUACGAUAUCAAACAGUGGAUGGGCGAGCAGUGUGAUACUGACCCGAGGACGGAUGUGUGACCAGAAGUGGCCAGACACAACAAGUCAAAUAUGCCAGGAAAUAAUUUAGGAGGAUUUCUUUUUAAUCGUGAUUGUGAUUUACAGUGGCGGCGUCCAUUGACAGGGAUAUAAUGGAGUCCAUUAACAUGGAUACAGUGGGAUCCAUUGACAUGGAUACAGUGGAGUUCAUUGACAUGGAUAAAGUUGAAUCCAUUGACAUGGAUAUAGUGGAGUCCAAUGACAUGAAUACAGUGGAGUUCAUUAAAAUGAAUGCAGUGGAGUCCCUUUACAUGGAUACAGUGGUGUUCAUUGACAUGGAUGCAGUGGUGUUCAUUGACAUGGAUACAGUGGAGUCCCUUUAAAUUGAUACAGUGGUGUUCAUUGACAUGGAUACAGUGGUGUUCAUUGACAAGGAUACAGUGGUGUUCAUUGACAUGGAUACAGUGGAAGCACAAGAGUUUGUGCCAUCUCAUCCGGCUCGUAGGUUCCCCCACCCCACACCCUGCACAGAGAGGAUGUCAGUGAGAUGUUACUUUACACGCUGCACAGAGAG